GAGUAUUACCAUACUGUAGGUCUAGAUCCUGACUCUCCAACGACGAAACAAGCGAUGUUAAGGUUGGGUAUCACUAGAUCAGAGAUACUCAGACCUCAUGUCAAGCAAUAUUGUAAAUUUAUUUCUGUAAUUUAACCGUCCUUAGCCAAUAAGACUAUAUCUGAAGAACUACAGAUUGCUAAACUACAAGAGAGAAGUAAGUAUAAAUUCUGGAGGAAGACUAUUAAGGCAAUUGCUCAGGAGAGAAACACAAUCUUGGCUCUAAAGUACAUCAAGACUUAUGAGAAUGAUGGGAAAUAAGGAAUCUGAAAUUUAUAGGUACAAGUUAGGCUUGCCUAAAACCAGGAAGCUUGAUAACUCGAGAAAUGCACUUAAUGAUACAGUUUCUUUGACAAAGCUAUCUAAUGAUGUUACUCAGAACAAUGAUGAUAGCUUCACUUAUUCACGUAAGAUGACUCUUGGAAAAUCUGAGAGCCCUAAUGAUGAAUACUUACCCAGAUUAGGAGGAGCUAGAUCUAGAGCUACAAGUUUCAAACAACCAAGGAUCUCAAGUCCUUCUAGAAAGGAAACAGAAGUUACUUCAAAAAGGCAUCAGGCUUACUCAAUAAUAAAGCUGAAGAACAUGCAAAACUCUCCUAAGUUUGGUAGGAAACUUUUCCAAGCUCGAGUUGAGGGCUACUUAAGACAACCCUUGACAAAUUUCGAUCACAUGGAUGAUGAAAUAAUAAAUUCUGGGAUAUUCGACUUAAAGAGCUCGAAAGCAAGUCAGAUAAUGACAAUCCCAUAUGGAAGAUUUAAUGAUCUCAGAGGAACCCGUACACUCCGCACCGUUUCUGAGGGUAAAGCACAAUCCAAAAUUUCCAGAAAAAGCGACCUUGAUAUUAAAAAGUAUUGAAUCUCUGAGCUUAACAGACAGAAUCAGCUGAAAGAACGAAUUAACUUCGAAAACCGCCUAAAGCUCCAGAAGGAUCUCUCUGAAAGGAUCAGGAAAAUUUAAGAUAGAGACUCAGAACCAGAAACGCCAAAAAGCUGCUGAAAACGUGAAGAGAAUUAACGAGCAAAUUGAUAAAUAAGUUGAUAAAAGGUUAUAAAGAUAAGAUGAAAGAAAUUUUAAAGCAAAAUAAAAAACAACCCGAUUCAGGCGAAAAAUGGAUCAAAGAACAGCUACAGCUCAAAGCUAAAGAGAGAAAGCUGAAACAAAAGGAAGAACAGGAGAUCCAAGAGUGCCUCGGUAAACUCCAAAAGCUUGAAAGUCGCCAAAAGAAGGCCGAAAUGCGGUACAAGAGUAAUCUAGCUAAUAAGACUUAUGGAGGUCGAGAGGAAUACUACAGGAAUUAUCAAAAAUAAAAUGGAGAUAGCUAAGAAAGAAGAGGAGCAAAAGAAGCUUGCUUUACAGAACUACAUAGCUAGAGAAAAUAAACACAAAGAGUGCUUUAAAGAUCUUCAGAGACGGAAGAAAUACGAAAAACAGAAAAAGCUUGAAAAAGAGCAAGCUAAGAUCAAAGCUGUAGAGCGGAACUUAGAAAUAAAGAUACAAGAGAGGACCAGAAGUGUGAAUAGAGUGAAGCAAAAGCUACUUAAGGGGUCUCAUUCGGUGAUUCUAGACCGCUGUCCUACACAACUACAUAAGAUCCAACAAGGUCUCAAGACAGAAAGUGUCCAGAUCAACAAGCAGAGAGCAAGGCGUCAGCUUGAGUAUAAGAAAUACAAGGUGAUUCUGAAGCAUGUAAAUGGCUUGAAGACAACUCUGAAGAAAAAGCUUGACCAAGAUCUUGAGAUCCAACAGAAAAGUUACGAUAAUUAUCAAGAGAACUUGAAACUGAUUAAGCAGCAGGAGAAGUUAGACAAGAUUGUGAGGAAGGCCCAGGUUAAUUCCAGGUCAAUGAAAAAGCUUAUUGAUAAAGCAGAUGUCAAGGACCAAGUAGUUGUUAAGAAACACCUUCAUGAUGAUGAAGGGGAGAGUGAAGAGUAUUAA